CGUGUGCCAUUCUGCACCGAGAAAUGGAAGCCGACGAGACGCGUUCGGGUAGUAGGAGCGCGAGCACGUUGCCGAUCUACGAAGUUGUGUGUGAGGACGCAGUGACAGCUGUGCACGAGUACGCGUUUUAAAUCUGUUAUGAUCAAGAACGUACCGGGUAAUACCGGUCGCCGACCAGCUGCGAACCCGGAGAAAAAGAGAUCGUCGUAGAUAACGCGUGUCGAAAGUUCUGUGUGAACGGUGUAUUUUUGGUUUUUUGGUUUUCUUGUUUCUUCGAAGACACGUUAGAAGAUCUUGCGGAGCAGUAGAGUGUGCGUUCUUGGAACCUCCUUGGAUACGAUCCUUCGCAAGAUGUGGUGUCUCGUCAGCCAAGCGAAUUCCGUCAUCCUUGAGGUGCAAGUCGACCCCAAAGCCAUUGGUCAAGAGUGCCUUGAAAAGGCGUGCGACUGUCUGGGGAUCAGCAAGGAGUGCGACUACUUCGGUUUAAAGUAUCAGAACGCGAAAGGCGAGGAACUCUGGUUGAAUCUGAGGAAUCCCAUAGAGAGGCAAACUGGGGGCGGUGUGCCGCCUCUGAGGUUCGCGUUAAGGGUUAAGUUUUGGGUGCCGCCUCACCUGUUGCUACAGGAAGCCACCAGGCACCAGUUCUACUUGCAUUCCCGUUUGGAGCUAAUCGAGGGUAGACUGAAGGUCUCUGACUGGGGUUCGGUGGCGCGGUUGGUCGCCCUGAUAGCGCAGGCAGACGUGGGCGAUUACGAUGCCCUAUCGCCGCCGCAUGCACUUUACUCGCAGUGCUGUCAGAUACAACCGACGGAACCGUGCGAGCCGAAACCUCAGGACCUUCUGCACCGGAUAGUUCAGCAACACAAAGAAAUCAAGAGCAUGAAGGCGUCGACCGCCGAGUACUGGCUGCUGAAAGAGAUCUCGAAUCUGGACACUUUCGGCCAAGAGAUGUUUCACAGUAAAUUCGGCUCCAACGGAGUGUCCAUGAUCGGGGUCGGGCCACACGGAAUCACGGUUUAUCGCAGCGAAGACGAGGAGACACAAAACAUACCGUACACAGCGAUACAGAGCGCAACGUCGCAGCGUCGGAUGUUCCAUUUGGUUUAUCUGUCCCUCGACGGCGAGGAGACUUCGUUGAACUUCAAAUUGGACUCGAGUCAGUCCGCCAGCGGGCUCUACCGAGCGAUCACCGAGAAGCACGCGUUUUACAGUUGCGAGACGGUCAGGAGCGCUGUGACCGCGCAGUUCAUACGAGACCUGAAGGGCACUAUAAUCUCGAUCUUCAACGAGGAUUCGACGCUGGGUAAAAAGUACGUGUUCGAUAUCCGUAGAACGUGCCGCGAGGUGUACGACAACGCGAGACGAGCUUUGUACUGUGAGGCAACCACCGUCAGCUUGCCGGAGGAGAAGGAAAUUUUGGAGAGGCACGAUUGUGCCGGGGACUGCGAGGAUCCCAAGUGCAAGGAAUCCCGGGAAUGUCUGGCAAGAUUAUUGGACGCGAUGCUCUGUCGUAUCUGCAUGGAUCGUAGCUUGGACACCGCCCUGUUCCCGUGCGGACACGCGGUCGCGUGCCUCGAUUGCGCCCGUCGUUGCGAGCGUUGCCCCCUCUGUCGGGCGGACAUAGACCAUUGUCGGACGAUUUAUCUACCGAUCGAGCUGACCCACGUCGAUAAGCACAAUCCAAGAUCGGUCACGGACACCAUCGAGCCGGUGUACGGUCAGACGUCCACGGAUGAGAUUCAGAAGCGAACGUUGGUCACGGAGACCUCGGUGGUAAACGGGAACGCCACUUGAGAACACCACCGUCGUGUCAGAAGGUUCACC